AUGUCAGAACAGAAUUCAGCCACUAAAGAGCAGCUUACGAAUACAAUAAAUCUUCUACACACUAUCUUCGAAUCCCAUGUAUUCAUUGCAACCUGUCGAGGUUAUUGGGAUAGGAUGGGACAGGAUGUUCUUAGUUUUUUGGAAAACAGGAAAGAGAACAGGGCGUGGUAUAAGGGUUCAAGAAUUGCCGUCUCUAUUCUGGAUGAUACCUUUGCAUCUCAGAUGCAGCAGCUACUAGGGAAUGCCCUUCAAGAGAAAGAACUGGAGCCACCAAGGUCCAUAGUUGAAGUGCGUUCAAUUCUUUGCAAAGAUGCUCCGAGUAACAAGGGCAACAAUUACUACUAUUAG